AUGGGCAACGAUCGAUUGGCCAUCACCACUCUCGACAGUCUAUAUGUUCAGUCAUUCCCCUCCGCCAUCGGUGUUGUUCUCCUGUUACAUCCACCAGAUGAGGAACUUAAGGUGAAAACGAUAGGCUUUGGUGCUGAGAGCGAACGAGAACCAAAGAAUGGGGAAGAAGAAUUAGAGCAUAGAAACCAUAUAAGGAGUACCGAGGUUGAACCUUCUUUCCUGCCGAUGCAUCCUCUCCGAUUCCUUGAUGUUGUAUAGUUUUUUUUAUUGGAAAUCUCUUUUAGCAAUGUGCAUGUAGCUCAGGUGGUUAGUAUUCUCUUCUGAGGUUUGCGCUUUGUGCUCCGAUCCAACAUUUUUUCUGGACAAGAAAUUGAUGUGGUAGUGGACGACUCAAUAAUCUUGGCCAACAGAUAUGAGUAUCUUGAAAUGGAUGUGUAAAUUCCAAAUACCUCUGUCCAAUUUCUGAGCAUGAUUCCUCCACGCAGUCUAAAGUUAAGUUUCAUGCUUUCUUUCAGUUUGUUGUUGCACAAUUCGAUUUCAGCAUUUGCUUUAUAUGUUGGAAGUGAUUUUUCAAAAGAAUUUGAUGCUUGGCAUUUUUAUUGGUUUUUGCAGUCGGGAAAACUACAGAAUACAAGUAACUGGACAUUUUUACCCCUGGUGUGGUUAACCUCAGUGCUGAUGAAGGUUAUAUGCAGGCUCUCAGUGAUGAUGAGAGCUUAAGGAGAUGGAAAGAGCAAUGACAUAGAGGUCUUAAUGUCGCCUAGGAUCUUGGUAAUUAUUUUUGUGUAUAUGCAGAUCAAGAUCUCUUAUAAUGCCAAGUGUGGGAAUUACAUAAACAAGUUCAAAGGCAUUCAAAGAUGCAAAUAGAAAUACAACGAAGACAAACAUAACUUAAAUAGCAAUUGGCGGGUUUUAUGAGAUAAUUUAACAAUCUCUCGAUAAUCCAACAAAUGUUUUUUUUUAAACUAAGCUGUUAAACAUUUAUUAGAUUUUGUAUGUAAUUGUAAUAUUGUAUUAUAUAUUUUUAAUGUAUUAGACAAUUUGUAUAGUAUGAU